CGAAUCUGCAAUAUUUUUUUCGCGAACAAUUGGUCGAAGAUUUUAAAAAUUACACCAUACGAUUUGAGUCGUGGAUAUUCUUCACUUCGUUCAUAUUCCGCGUGAAAUUAAUUUCAUCAAACUUUCAUUGCCAUUUUCUAAAGAUAAGAAACAAUAUAUAUGCGUACAAUACAACGGGCUUUUAGCAAAUAUACGCACGAUAGUGCCGGGUCUGUAAUAAUACACGCACGUGUUAACGCGUGAAUUGCCGGCUGCACGCAUUGAGAAAUAUUUUCAACCGUAAUAAGAUUUUAUCCUCGCUUUUAGAUACUAUCGAUUAUUUGAUAUUAGAGUAGUUUGGAUAACUGUGCAUUUGAAUAUCGGCGGGAAAUAUUUCGAAAAAUCAAAGUGCGUUACUUUGUUCCUUGUUCGAAACGGGGAUCCGGGCAAAUCGUCGCGAAACUGUUUCAUUGAUUAAACCUUCAUUCGCGGGUAACAUUGUACAAUUUACAAACCUUGUUCGCGUUAUUGAAAUUACGCGCCAAUUUGGAUGAAUUGUUAACUCUUUGUUAAUACUAUCAAAUUUAAUACGACAACCGGUCAUUCUAUCGCCGCAACAAACCACUUUAAUACGAUUUACUACCUGCUCUGUUACAACUAUUAAAAAAAAAAGCAAUUAAACCUACGUUCUGUUCUACUACGCUAAACAUCAUCCUUCAACCACUGAUUUUCAACGUUAACUACUGAUUUGCGCUAGCUAGAUAGCAAAAGCAGCUCAAGCAAACUUUGAAAACAAAAGAAAAAAAAAAAAGAAAAAAAAGAACGAAGAAGUAAAAGCUGAAAACAAAAGGGCAACAGAUUGCAAUGAUGGCGAACGGAAUGGAUACAGUCGUGCAACAGAAUGGCAAUUCGGCGCUGGGUCAGACGUCGCAGGAGGAAUCGAAGACGAAUUUGAUCGUCAAUUACCUGCCACAGACGAUGACGCAGGAGGAAAUUCGCUCCUUGUUCUCUAGCAUCGGUGAAGUCGAGAGCUGCAAGCUCAUCAGAGAUAAACUUACCGAUGUUUGUAUGGUUGCAGGCCAGAGUUUGGGCUAUGGCUUUGUAAACUAUCAUCGGCCCGAGGAUGCAGAGAAAGCCAUCAACACCCUCAACGGCCUCCGUUUGCAGAACAAAACUAUCAAGGUUUCGUAUGCGCGGCCGAGUAGCGAGGCGAUCAAAGGUGCGAAUCUGUACGUAAGCGGAUUGCCAAAAAAUAUGGCUCAGCAGGAUCUUGAGAAUCUCUUCAGUCCUUACGGUCGGAUCAUAACCUCGCGUAUACUGUGCGACAACAUGAGCGUACGACAGUUUGUGACUGGCGGCGGAGACAAUUUGCCCGGCCUGUCAAAAGGUGUCGGGUUCAUCCGUUUCGAUCAACGGGUUGAGGCAGAGCGGGCGAUCCAAGAAUUAAAUGGAACUAUUCCGAAAGGCUCGACCGAACCUAUCACCGUGAAGUUUGCGAACAACCCGAGCAACAACAACAAGGCAAUACCGCCGCUAGCCGCCUAUUUGACACCCCAGGCAACCCGUCGUUUUGGUGGCCCGAUUCACCAUCCAACUGGCCGCUUCAGGUACAUUCCACUGUCGCCACUAUCCAGCACUGGCAAGACCAUGCUUGCCAUUAACAAAGGCUUACAGAGUAGGUACAGCCCGCUGGCGGGUGACCUUUUGGCGAACUCGAUGCUGCCCGGAAACGCGAUGAACGGUUCGGGAUGGUGCAUUUUCGUCUACAACCUGGCACCGGAGACGGAAGAGAACGUCUUGUGGCAGCUAUUCGGUCCAUUCGGCGCCGUCCAAUCAGUAAAGGUCAUAAGGGACCUGCAAACAAACAAAUGCAAGGGUUUCGGCUUUGUAACGAUGACAAAUUACGAGGAGGCAGUAGUUGCUAUUCAAAGUCUGAACGGAUAUACGCUUGGCAAUCGUGUUCUUCAAGUCAGUUUUAAAACGAACAAGAGCAAAGCUGCGUAGGAUGAAGGAAGCGAGCUUGCCUAUCAUCAUAUCCUAUUGCCGCUACAACGGCGACCACAGCCCCACCACCACCUCAACCUCUACCACCACCACCACCAAAAAAUUAAUAAUAAUAACAACAAUAACAAUAACAAUGAAUACGUGAAUGAUUUGGGCAGCUGUAUUAUUAACAAAAACAACAAGAACAAGAAAAAGCACAAUAACGCUCCUGAAUACCGGCAUAAAAAUAUUUAUACAAUAAAUGAAGGCUUACCUGUUGCACCUCGUCGUCGUUACCCUCCUGCGGAUCUAACCGUCGCAAAUAUUGUCGAGGUUGUCAAGUCCGGCGUUGAAAUUUUUACCGAAAUGGAAUUAUUAGCUACAUAAACUUUACUAUAUACACGAUAAAAAUCCUACUCUCUGUAUAUCGUUAACCAAGCCUCCACCCCACCCACCCCCGCCCCUUUCCACCCCUUUUCCAAAAU